AUGGACAGAUUGGAUGGAUUAUUGUUUUAUUCAAGUGGGAGUUUCAUCACACUAGUGUACACCAACAUGGUGGAGGAGCUUAAUCAAAAGUUUGGGAAGAGUUUAACAAAAAAUCAUUUAAAUAUUCGUUUGAAAACUUUAAAAUCAGGUUUUUCGCAAUGGUAUGACAUGUUUCGCGGAACUUCAUUGAGUCGGUUCUGUUGGAUUUCUGAAACACAACUAAAUGAAGCGGACCAGGAAGUUUGGGCCAACAUAAUUAAUGAUUGUGUGUUACACUCAAAGCCUAAGGCAAUUUCAUUGAAGUCCAAGAAAAUACCAAAGUAUACAAAAAUGAUAGCUUUGUUUAGGAGAGAUAGGGCUUUAGGGGUGCAUGUUGAAACCCCGAAAGAGAAGAAUGCUCGAUUGAACAGGACUGGGGAUAUCAAAGUAGAAACAAUUUAA